AUGUAUGAUCUUCUCUAUCAUUUUAUGCAUCACCAGAAGGAUCUGCCUGCCCAUGUGGAGUUGUUGACGGAUUAUGAGGGGGAGGGUGGUGACGCCUCGACGUUAUCCGAGGGGAUGCGGGAUUUACUAUCCCAGCGUUUUGAUCAGAUCGUACGCGAUCCCGCGGCGUCCUCUACAGGUGAAAUUACUUCCCCUUCGUUGACUUCUACAACUGCGGUAGUUCUGCUUUCUUGCUUUGGCUUAGUUCCCACGUCCGGUACGAUUUUUGUAUCCUACGACAUCAUCCCAGACGUGCCGAACUUUGGGCAAUUUGUGCGAAAAGCACUCAUCCCACCAGGGCAGUCUGCGGCUAUGAAUUUGAAUCACUGCGCGAGAAAUGGAGGGGGAAAGUCUGAUUCAAACGAGCAUGAUGACGCAUUGCCGAGGCCUACAGAGAAAACACCGCGCGCAGGAGAGAAGGACCACAGUACUUUAUCCCUUGAUGAAAGUAGAAUGACAAAUAAGUCAGAAUAUCCUAAAGAGGGGUCCUUAUGGGAAGUCCCCGCGUACCGCCACAUUUUCGUUCUCCCGCGGCCUAAUGAAGUUAAAGGUAUGCUACGUCAUCUUCGUCUCACAGAGCGAACCUUUAACCUGACCUACACCCCUUUAGCACACCGGCCUUCUCAGGUCAGCUAUCACUUCGCCGCUGAAAAGCUGAAAUCAUUGAAUAAAAAGUUAUUUUCGAUUCAAAACUUAGCCUUCCUUGCGUACAAAACUACAAUGCAGGCGUAUAGCGCGAUAGGACCCCGUGAUGUGUACGAUGAAAGCCAACUGAACCUUGAAAAAGCUGCUGAGGAGUUUGGCUUCACUGAAAUUCCCUUACUAGAUUUGCGGUUGAGGGAUAACAAUUUCCGUCCAAAGGAGGACUUGUACAAAGUAUCCAGAAAGAAACAGGUGGAGGAGCAGCGGGCAUAUAAACAAUUUGCUGAGUCCAACAUUCCGAUUGAUUCGUAG